CAUUAAAAACUUUAUUGAUCACAUACACAUUCACAAAAUAUAACAACCAUUCACCGAUGAUUAAAUAGUAUGCGGUAAUACGAUUUCCAUUAUGUAUUAGUUUAUCAGACGUUUCUUCAUAACACAAACUAAUCAGUUUAGGAUAACAACAGGACGAAACUACAUUGUCUUCAAAGAGUUUUUGUCUUUUCAAAUAAACUGUGUGUAUCGUUUAAAAACGAAAGAAAGAUUAGCCAAGUUUAAAAUCGAUUUUUAUAAACAUUCGCUGUAAAAGCUUAAAGUAUAUCAGUGAUAUUCAUCCAGCGUAUAAAGUAGAUGUAUAUUUGUUAACACAGACAACUCGUUGUAUAAAACAGGUAUUUAAAGCUUAUAAAGCGACAGGUAAGGUGCUGUUACAAAAUUAUGGAAGUUCCUGGUCAAAAAGUGACGAAAGACAAAAAUGCCAAACUGUGUAGUUUAUGUGAAGAUUAUGAUAUAACAAGUAAUGCAGAUGGGUUUUGCGUAGAAUGUGGAGUCAACAUUUGCAAUUCAUGUUUUGUGAAACACAAAGGACGUAAAAGCAAUACAAAUCAUUCCUUAGUAUCAGUCGAUGAUUCGAGUUCGGUAAAGGUAACGGUUGGUGAUACGUACGAAACAUGCAAAGAGCACAAUGGGGAAUUUGUGAAAUUUUAUUGUCCAAAGCACGACCAAGUUGGCUGUGCAGAAUGCAUAAUUGUAUAUCAUAAUGGGUGCAAGUUAGAACUAGUUCGUAACAAAGCUGCUGCAUAUGAUAACAGUCCAGAAUAUAGAAAUCUUAGAAAGGAGAUGAAUAAAUGCAUGAAAGAGGCUGAAGACAGUCUAUCAUUGAUAAAGAGCAACCGAAAACAGCUUAUCGAGUUCUAUGAGCAAUUUGUUAGUGACGUGGAGGCAUUCACAGAUCAUGUAAUUGAGCGUAUAAACAAAAUGAAAAAGAAGGUUCUGAAUCAGGCAAAUGACAUAAUGUUGAAUGACAAGAGGAAAAUGGAAGAUCUGCAGAAGGAUAUCGACGAUAUGAUAGCUGAAUUGACACGACAAAACAAUGUACUGGAGUCAAAAUGUGACACUCCAAAUAACCUCUUUGUAGCAUCCCUACAAAUAAAGCCAGAACUGAAAAGAACGCAGCAGAACAUUGAUAGUUUUAGAAACAAGAAUAUUGUGACCCACUAUAAGUUCAUGCAAGACAAAAUGCUAGCUCAAUCAAUAACAGAAAGCCAUGCGAUUGGAAUGCUCAUUGAACAGUCGUUUGAACGGAGUGAACAUCAUCAACAAGAAUUUAAACAAGCUAAUACAACUGAUGAAGAAAAAGUUCAAGAUCCCUUACCUCAGGUCAGUCGAUUUAUUAAAAAUUUCCUUUAAUGUGUACGGUUCCUUUGAGAUUUUCAAGUGACGACACAUGAAACUCUUUAACUUUCAGAACACACGA